AUGACCUUUAACCGCACCAAUAUCACCAUCAGCCCGGGCAUGCUGAUUUUCCUCCAGUACCGCACCGAGCAGCUGAUCUGGUACGGCGUAAUGGCCACCAGCUGCAUCGUCGGCACCACGGGCAGCAUCUUCCUCACCGGCGCCAUCCUCUCCACCCGCCACUCCCGCCGUGGCAUCGGCAUCCUCAUGGUCAACCUCCUAAUCAUGGUGACCCUCCAGUGCGGCGUGGCCUUCCCCUUCCUCAUCCAGUCCUACCCCGGUGUGCCGCUCUCCAUCGCCGACGACCCCAAUUUCUGCCGGCGCGCCCACUUUUUAUACAACGCAUUACUCCCGUCCAUCGACUACGCCGACCUGAUGAUCGGGAUCAACCGCUGCGUGGCCGUCUGCUUCCCGCACCACUACCCGGCCUGGGUGCGCCCCCGCGCCCUCUACGGAAUGGUGACCUUUAGCUGGGUGACCUGGCUGUUCUUCGCCGUCGUGCCGCAGUUGCCGGGCCAGGCGGUGAUGCGCAGUCUGGAGCCGUGGUACUCCUGCGGCGUGGUGUACGGGGCCGCGUGGUCGGUGACCUUUUCCACCGGAGGGAUUGCGCUGCCGGUGGCGCUGCUGUUCGCGCUGUACUUGACGGUGUUCCUCGUGGUGCUGAUGCGGAAGACGGUGCUGCGGCGGCGGAUCGCUCCGGCGGAGGAUAGCCAGCUGCAGCGGACGAUGCAGCGGCGGUUCCGGAGUACGCUGGUGUUCUUCGCCGUGUUCGUCUGCUACGCAUGUUGUAUGACGCCGGCACCACUUGUGGCGCCACUGUUUCCCACGCUGUAUUUUCGCUAUCCGUUUAUGCGGCAGGUGUUGCGCGGGCUGAUGACGGUGGGGACGGCCAGUAUUCCGGUGUUGUACAUGAUGCUGAAUACACAAUACCGUCGCCAGCUGUUGUGCUGCUGGAAGUGCCGGGAAAAGUCCAGCCCACCGGAAGUGAUGUCGACCGUUGGACGCAGCCGCGGAUCACGCGGGCGCACCACGUCCAAUGCCGGCGUCAUCGGCCAACGGAACGUGUCCGGUUAA